AUGGGCUCCAUCUCGCCAGAAGAGCGUACAUAUCCACUGAAGAAACCAGCGGGCCAUAAGCCUCCAGUACCAAGAUGGUCCUUGCGAUUCCACGACUCCAGCAUCACCCACCUCUACACUCUCUAUAUCGGAGUCCAAUGCCACAGCGGGAACACCACAGCUCGAACAAAAGCAGAAGACACAAUCUCGACCCUCCUGAACAACAGCACCUCCUCCAACCCAGCCACAGAUACCUUUCGCGUCACCGAAGGCUUCGACACAACCGACUCCAAAGUCUGGGCCCUCUACUUCACCCAUCCCGAUCCCUUCACUUCCACCCUCCAAACCCUCAACCUCCCCCGGAUCUGGAACACCCUCCCCUCCAAACCCGACAUCGGCCUCUGGAUCGAACACUUCACCGCCCCGAUCUCGCGACUGGAAACAAACUAUUCCCGUCUGGCGCACAAACCAGGCCUCGCCCAACUCCCCAACACAACCCAGCCGGCCCACGAAUUGACCGCAUACUGGGGCGCCGGCCGCGAUCGAAUCCCGGAUUCCGCAACGGACCAAUUCCCCACCCCUUCCGAUCUCCCCAAACCACCCCCCUUCCUCGGAGAGAUCCCACGCGGCUACGGCCAACACCUCACGGGCACAAACUACGACCACAUGUGCCACAUCCGCUCCGGACAAUGGUGGGCCCAGUGUGAAGACGCGGAACGUCGCGCGUACGAGCAGGAUCUGCAGAUCGCACUCAUGGACGGGAUGCGAUACCUCUGGCAGCACCCGCGGGAAACGGGGACUCUCGGCCUACGCUUCCUGCAGAACACCACCAAUGACCAAGAAGAGCGUCGUCUCAGGGAGACGUGCGGUGCGGGUUUCUUCCGCAACUGGUCCGAUCUCGAGAAGUGGUCUUCGCGGCAUCCUUCCCAUCUGGCCAUCUUCAACGGCGCCAUGGCUCACGCGAAACGCUUCGGGGAGGACAGGAAGUUCAUGACGUGGCAUGAGGUGUUCAUUCUCAAGGCGGGAGAAGCGACGAUGGAAUAUGUGAAUUGUGGCCCCGAGACAGGGGUCAUCAAGUGGGUGCAGAUGGAGAGGGAGGACUUGUGA